AGAAACUCUACAGACAGUACCUGAGAGAUCUUCUGUUGACUUUUGCCUUCGCUUCAUCCCAGAUUUUGGAAGUGUGGAGGAUAAAUGAUCAACACCUGCACAAAAGAUGAUGAAUUUGGCACGCAUUCAUGAUAAACACCAGCUGAAGAAGUUUUGGGAGCAGAAGAUUGAAAGCCACAGCGAGCGCAUGGGAAAUGAAGACUGCAGGAUGAAGAGCAGUGCUUUAUCCAGGCUGCGUGAAGAGUGGCUGGAGAGGCUUCAGGUUCGAAACCAGCACGUGACGGAGAGCAUGAGAGAAGAGCAGAUCAGAAAAGCUCAGAGGAUUCAAGGCCUUUUAAGAGUUUAGAUAAUUCUGCUACAGUCAGCAUGAACAACUGAAGCACUUCUCUAACGCACUUCCUAAGAAAGCCUGACAUUAUACAGUUGAAGUCUGAAUUAUUAGUCCUGAAAAAUU